GCCGCCUCCCCUCUGCGUCGCCGCAUCGCAUCCAAAAGCUUCGCCUUCGUCUUCCUCUCGCUCGAUUCGAUCCGAUCCGAUCCAUUCCAAGGGGGGGAGGAGCAAAUGGCGACCAAGAGGAGCGUGGGGACGCUUGGGGAGGCGGAUCUCAGGGGGAAGAAGGUGUUCGUGCGGGCCGACCUCAACGUGCCGCUCGACGACGCGCAGAAGAUCACCGACGACACCCGCAUCCGCGCCUCCGUGCCCACCGUCAAGUUCCUCCUCGAGAAGGGCGCCAAGGUCGUCCUCGCCAGCCAUCUGGGCCGUCCGAAGGGUGUCACCCCCAAGUACAGCUUGAAGCCUCUUGUUCCCCGCUUGUCUGAGCUCCUUGGAGUUGAUGUUGUGAUGGCCAAUGACUGCAUUGGUGAGGAAGUCGAGAAAUUGGCUGCUGCUUUGCCAGAGGGUGGUGUUCUACUCCUAGAGAAUGUUAGAUUCUACAAGGAGGAGGAAAAGAAUGAUCCUGAGUUUGCUAAGAAGCUUGCAUCUGUCGCUGACCUCUAUGUAAAUGAUGCUUUCGGCACUGCACACAGAGCUCAUGCUUCAACAGAGGGAGUGACCAAGUUUUUGAAGCCUGCUGUUGCUGGCUUCCUGAUGCAGAAGGAACUCGACUAUCUUGUUGGAGCUGUUGCCAACCCAAAGAAGCCAUUUGCAGCAAUCGUUGGUGGAUCCAAGGUCUCGACUAAGAUUGGCGUGAUCGAGUCUUUGUUGGCAAAGGUUGAUGUCCUCAUCCUUGGUGGUGGUAUGAUCUUCACAUUCUACAAAGCCCAGGGAUAUGCAGUUGGAAAAUCUCUUGUGGAGGAAGACAAACUUGAGCUUGCAACUUCACUUAUUGAGAAGGCAAAGGCGAAGGGCGUUUCUCUUUUGCUUCCCACUGAUGUUGUAGUGGCUGACAAGUUUGCGGCAGAUGCUGAAAGCAAGACUGUUGCUGCCUCCGCUAUCCCGGAAGGUUGGAUGGGUCUUGAUGUUGGCCCAGAUGCCAUCAAGACUUUCAGUGGAGCAUUGGACACCUGUAACACUAUCAUUUGGAACGGACCUAUGGGAGUCUUUGAGUUUGAGAAGUUUGCAGCAGGCACUGAUGCAAUUGCUAAGAAGUUGGCUGAGCUUACUACCACCAAGGGCGUCACGACCAUCAUUGGCGGUGGCGACUCUGUUGCUGCUGUCGAGAAGGCUGGGCUGGCCGACAAGAUGAGCCACAUCUCCACCGGUGGUGGCGCUAGCUUGGAGUUGCUGGAAGGCAAGACCCUCCCAGGUGUUCUUGCCCUCGAUGAAGCGUAAGCUAAUUCGGCUCGUCUCCAUGAGCAGCACGCAUGCUCUUUCGUUUCAGACCUUCUGUGUAACUUUGCGAUGUCUUGUCAAUGCUUGUAUGAAGAACUUGAGAUAGGCUUUUAUCGUCAAGUUUUGCUAGAUGAGUCGUGAAUAAGCUUUCGACUUCCUCGCUGCUGCGAGCGAAGUGAUUCGAACUGAACAUACAUACUCCCAUGGAUCGAUAUUUUGCUUUGCAGUUUUCGCAUCGCUGUGAUGGCAUCA